UUUAUCCACAACAUUUGUUCUUUCAACCCUGCUCUCCUUCAUCACUCAUUCUCUCUUCAACAAUGGCUUCUUCUUCUCUCUCAACCCAUUAUCACUUCAUUUCUCCUCUUUCUCCUUCUUCAAAGAACAAUGCUAACAUCAAGCUUUCCUCUUCUCUUUUUGCUUCUCCCAUUAGCUUAUCUUCAAACCCCAAUAUUUCUCUUCAAUUCUUUGACAAGAAACACUCCCCACUUCUUUCAACAGCUCCAAGAAGGCUCUCGGUUAUUGCAAUGGCCCCUCCAAAGCCUGGUGGAAAGGCCAAGAAAGUGAUUGGAUUGAUAAAGUUGGCUUUAGAGGCAGGGAAGGCAACUCCUGCACCACCUGUAGGACCGGCACUUGGUUCAAAGGGUGUAAAUAUUAUGGCUUUUUGUAAGGAUUAUAAUGCCAGAACUGCAGAUAAAGCUGGUUAUGUCAUUCCUGUUGAGAUUACUGUUUAUGAUGAUAAAAGCUUUACUUUUAUUUUGAAGACACCUCCUGCUUCAGUUUUAUUGAUUAAAGCUGCAGGAGUGGAGAAAGGUUCUAAAGAUCCAAAGAUGGAGAAAGUGGGUAAGGUAACGAUUGACCAAUUACGCACCAUAGCUACUGAAAAGCUUCCAGACUUGAAUUGCACAACCAUUGAAUCAGCAAUGAGAAUCAUAGCAGGCACUGCAGCUAACAUGGGGAUCGAUGUAGAUCCUCCCAUUCUUGAACCUAAAAAGAAAGUUGUCUUGUAGUUCACUUAGUUACUUUUGCCUUGAUUUUGUUAUAUCUGUAUUCAUAAUCAUUUGUAGAAGCAAUUCAUGGAAAGAUCUGUAUUCAUGUUCUGUAUCCUUAAUCCUGGUCUUUUUGGCUAUAAAUUUUACGAUCUGGUGGAUGGCUAGAGAGCUUCAAUCGAAAA